AAGGGACAGAGUGUCAGUAUUUGAACCACAGCCACAGGAAACAGAAGAGACUUCAUAUUUUUCUACUGAGGAUGGAAGCUGCUGUGACUUUGUUUCUCCUGUGUUCAGUUCUGUUCUUUUCAUCUGUAACAUCAGAACAGGACAACGUAUGUUUUAGACCUGAGCUGUCAGGCAACAUUGAAAUGGAAGGGUUUCAGAGGUUUUUUAGCCCAGGUGUGGAGUUACUCCUUUCCUGUAAACAGGGAUACACCCCGAUGUUGGGUCCUCGCAAGAUUGUUUGCUCUGUCAGUGGGGAGUGGACAAAAACAAACUUGCAGUGCAUUCCAAAAUUAUGUCCUUUUCCUGAUCCACUGUCUAAUGGAAAAAUGUACUUUGAAGAUAAUGUGUACCAGAGUACAAUCAACUAUACUUGUAAUGAAGGGUAUGUAUUGACUGGACCAAGUACUAUUGUGUGUCAAGCUAAUGGAACAUGGAGUACACCCGUACCAAAGUGCACAACUGUGACCUGUGGUCUUGCUCCAGUCCCACAGUAUGGAAUGGUAAUUUAUGACGAGAGGGUCAGAGGGAACACUACUGAUUUUGGCAUCACAGCGACAUACGCAUGCCGCCCUCCAUAUACUAUCUUUGGUAACCGCAGUGCAGAAUGCACAGUAAAUGGCACCUGGACUAAGACACCUGAAUGUCGAGUUGUGACGUGUCUUCCACCAGAGAACAUUGAAAGAGGCUACAUGUCAAACAAUAACAAGAAAGAAUAUGACUUCAUGGAAAAAGUCAAAUAUGACUGCGAAGGCAACUACGUACUCGAAGGGAAUGUGGAGACUGUUUGUCAGCAGGAUGGGAAAUGGUCAGAAAAACCAUCCUGCAAGGCUCCGUGCACUGUAAACAUCCAGAGAGCAAAAGUCUUUUACAAAGGAAAGAAAAUGUGGAUCAAAGAUCUAAACUCAAACAUGGUCUUGCACAAAGAAAUCAUCUCAGUAUACUGCAAAGACAAGGCUAAGAGAUGUGGUUAUGCUGUGUCCACCCAGUGUAUCGAUGGAAAACUCCAAAUCCCUGAAUGCUUUGAAGAACCCAGUCAGCUUGAUUAUAACAAUCAUACAAGUUCUCUUCCAUCAGAAAUUGGGCAGUGUUAAAACAAAGACACAUCCCGCUUCAGAUGAAGCCACUGAAGUAUGGAAUACAUGUUGUGUGCUCUAAUCUAUGAAAUGAAAAACACAGCUCUGAUAAUUCAUCAUUGACAUUUAAUAUGAUUUUUUUAAGGAUAUGUAAAAAUAUUGCUACUCAAAGAUAUGAAUUUUACAUAAAAUAUGUGUCCAAUUAAUUCCAAACAUAAACUAUUUCAAGCAAGUA